CUGUAAGGGUUACACCUGUUGUAUUCGGCGCAUGUGACAUAACAUUUGAUUUGACAUCGCUGAGAAAUUGCAUGGGUCACCAGACUCAGGUGUGGAAAUUCUGUGUAAUUAUACAUUCCAUGUAUGUUCAUUUAAAAAAAUCCCCGACUGCAUAAGGACCAAACAUUCGACAGAGUAUGUUGAAAAUUAACUUCCGGCAACGUUGGUGUGUAAAUACUAGCAUUYCUAAAAGUAGGUAGCCUACGCACUUCUGCAACAGUGAUAAUUUAUUUCCCACAAGUGAUGUCCCAUUCCAAAUGUAAUAAUUGACAUAUCUGUUGAUUACCGUGUGCGUUAUGUAGACGUCAUUCUGGCGAUACGUUCAUUGCGGUUGAACGUUUGCUACGUUCCCGAACGGUUUUUACUGAACGACACAUUUCCCCAAACGUUUCUGUACGUUCUUAACAGACAUUGUGCGUUUUGUUCCGUUUGGGUGUAGCUCGAAGCAAUUAGUGACGUUUUUAAAUGGCAGUGGUGCACUUUUAAAUCAAACCCAACCCCUCCCCGUUUUUCAGCUGAUCUUUAGCACGUUUCCGUUUAAUUGAACGUUCCACUACGUUUUUUCGUGCUGAUGUUAAAGCUCCCCUCCCCUCGCGUUCAUUUGCACGUGACGUUCAAAACAGAUCUUCAGAUCGGUGCUUGACUAACCGCCCUUCAAGGAAGUCAUGUGAGCCAGGAAAUAUGGCUACAUGAGCAAGUCUAUUAGGACCGAUCGCUGCAUAUUGUCAAUAGGUAUCUUUGCGACGAUCAUCUUGCCACGCUCCGUCGUGACAGGUUAUCCCAGGCUUCGAAGCCUGCUAUUCCCAGGUUUGGUAUCGGGGGUUGUUUUCUUUAAGUGAUUUGCGUCGUUAUUGGAAUAGUUUAGGGCGAGUUUAUGAAACAACGUUCCCCUUAUCAUUAACCGAACUGUCAAGUUCCCCGCUAAAGCCUCUGAAAAUGAACACCGAGAAAGACUUCUCGCCUUUGACCCCAAAUAUUGUCAGAGCACUCAACGACAAACUGUACGAGAAGAGGAAGGUAGCUGCUCUAGAGAUUGAAAAACUGGUGAGGGAGUUUGUGGCUCAGAACAACUCUACCCAGAUUAGACAUGUUAUCCAGAUACUGGCCUCAGAGUUCGCCCUGUCCCAGCACCCUCACAGCCGCAAAGGAGGCCUCAUCGGCCUGGCAGCAUGCUCCAUUGCCCUGGGAAAGGACUCCGGGCUGUACCUGAAGGAGCUUAUCGAGCCCGUACUCACCUGUUUUAAUGAUUCAGACAGCAGACUGCGGUACUAUGCCUGUGAGGCACUCUACAACAUAGUAAAAGUGGCCAGGGGAGCUGUCUUACCCCACUUCAACGUGCUCUUCGAUGGCCUCAGCAAGCUUGCUGCAGAUCCUGACCCCAAUGUGAAGAGUGGCUCUGAACUCCUUGACAGACUGUUGAAGGACAUUGUGACGGAGAGUAACAAGUUUGACCUGGUGGCGUUUGUCCCCCUGCUGCGUGAGAGAAUCUACUCCAACAACCAGUAUGCCCGUCAAUUCAUCAUAUCCUGGAUACUAGUUCUGGAAUCUGUUCCGGACAUCAACCUCCUGGACUACCUGCCAGAAAUCCUUGAUGGACUCUUCCAGAUCUUAGGGGACAGCAGCAAAGAGAUCCGGAGGACGUGUGAAGUUGUCUUGGGAGAGUUCCUGAAGGAGAUCAAGAAGACUCCCUCUAGUGUCAAGUUUGCAGAGAUGGCCAACAUCCUGGUCAUCCAUUGCCAGGUUUCUGAUGAGUCCAAACUCACAAAUGACCUAAUCCAGUUGACAGCCAUGACAUGGAUGAGGGAGUUUAUCCAGCUGGCAGGGAGGGUGGUCCUGCCCUACUCCUCUGGCAUCCUGACUGCUGUCCUGCCCUGCCUGUCCUAUGACGACCGCAAAAAGAGCACCAAAGAAGCUGCCAGUGCCUGUAACCACAGCCUGAUGAAGCUGGUGACCCCUGAAGAUGAUGAGGAUGAAGAGGAAACUGGAAGCGGUGACAGCCAACCCAGAGAAGACAGCCCGCCAAAGACCGAGGGGGACACUAACGAUAUGCUCAACGCGUCACAGGAGUCUGUGGGUUUCAGCAACAUCUGCUUCUUCACUCCCACAAGUGCUGACCGGUCACAGGUGACCCUUGACCUUGAUGGGAUAGUUCAGGUGCUGGACCGCCACCUGCAUGACUCCUCCACCGGCAUGAUGACCCGCAUCGCCGUGCUCAAGUGGCUGUACCACCUCUACAUCAAGACACCUCGCAAAAUGUUCCGGCACACAGACAGUCUGUUCCCCAUGCUGCUGAAGACACUCUCAGAUGAGUCUGAUGAGGUCAUUCUUAAGGACCUGGAGGUUCUAGCUGAGAUUGCGUCAUCCCCAGCAGGACAGACCGAUUCCUCAGGCUCAUGUGAUAAUUCUGACAACAAACUGGCGCUUCAGGUUCCUGAUGGGGCCAAGGCAGGCCCACAGACAGUUGUGGGCGACUCGUCGCCCUCCACCCCCAGCAUGAACUCUUACUUCUACAAGUUCAUGAUCAACCUGCUGAAGCGCUUCUGCCUGGAGAGAAAGCUGCUGGAGAACAGAGGAGCCUUCAUUAUCAGGCAGCUGUGUCUGCUUCUGCACGCAGAGAACAUAUUCCACUCCAUGGCAGACAUCCUGUUGAAGGAAGAGGACCUGAAGUUUGCAUCCACCAUGGUGCAGACGCUAAACACCAUCCUGCUCACCUCCGCAGAGCUCUUUCAGCUGCGCAACCAGCUCAAGGACCUGCGCACACAGGAGAGCUGUGCCCUGUUCUGCUGCCUGUAUCGUUCCUGGUGUCACAACCCUGUGGCCACUGUGUCUCUCUGCUUCCUGACCCAGAACUACCGCCAUGCCUAUGACCUCAUACAGAAGUUCGGUGAUUUGGAGGUGACUGUCGACUUCCUCAUGGAAGUUGACAAGCUGGUACAGUUGAUCGAGAGCCCCAUCUUUACCUACUUGCGUCUCCAACUGCUGGAUGUGGAGAACAACCCAUACCUGAUCAAGGCCCUGUACGGCCUGCUGAUGCUGCUGCCCCAGAGCCAGGCCUUCCAGCUGCUCUCCCACCGCCUGCGCUGUGUGCCUAACCCAGAGCUUAUGAGGACAGUGGAUGAGUCAAAGUACAUUGAGUCUAAGCCUGUUGGCGCCAAGCAUCUGGCCUACACCCACAUGGACUACAAUGACCUGCUGCAGCACUUUGACCGGGUCCAGAGCAAACACCUYGAGGUGCGCCACCAGCGCUCAGGCCGUGCUGACCACCCAGACCGGAAGCUGGUGCUGUGACGCAUUGGGACCAUCUUUGACCCCUGAGGCAGGGCACUGCGUCAAGCCUUCACCCACGCAUGCCCACACACGGCGACGCAAAACAUCCCAACCGGUAACUUAAAGGAACCAAACUGAAUGAAGACUGCUCAUCUCUUGUUUAGGGCCACCCUUGUGCUAAUAAAUUGUUUAGCCAUUGAACGUUCUGUAGGAAUAAAGGACAUCAAUUCAGAUUUUUCUUUUUUAAACAGUAUUUUUUUUUGUUCAGGUGCUGGAAGUGUUGAGUUGCACACACACACACACACAGCCCAUACAUUUGUAUUUAACCCUGCUUUCUCCAGACGCAUGGACAAUUUGUUUAGCCCCACCCAAUCCUAUUGUAAGAAGUGACACUACCUUAUUUUGACUGGAGGACAAUCAAAGCUUGAAAUUAGGUCAGGGGAAACCGCUUGCAUGUUAUGUUUAGUUUUUAAAAUAAUGAACACCAUCUUUGUUCUCACUAUUUAAACUGCUUGAUGUUACUUGGCAGGCCCAUAUUCCACAGUUGUCCCAAAAGACCUGUACAAUGGACAUGUUCUUUCGACUCUUGUUCCACAAAGCUAAACAACUGGAUACUACCGCACCUGAAUUCAAGUCAUGGUUGUUGAACAGUGUUAAAUAUCUCUCUCUUGGCCCCUGAACUCUCCUCCACCAUUCCCUUCUCAUUUCUCUCUUCUCCACAGCCAGUGUUUCCCCCUAACUGACUGCUCUGCACCCCUUUUCUCUUUUGAACUGUUGUCAUUUACUUUAUUUUCUUAUUGCUACCAUACCUGCUUCCUGGCCAGGCCUUCUGUAGAGAGACUGACCUUGUGUUAUCAAGUGAAACGUAUAAAAUAAAGUGGACCAUGUAUAAUAA